AUGGUCAAGACAUUGCUCUCUGCUGCUGCUUGUGUUUUGUUCUUCAUCACUACGACUGCUUGCAUGGUUAGUGCCAUUGCACUUCCUUCUAUCCCAGUCAGCACACGAAUUUAUAUUGGUGGUUCUUUCACUACCUUGAACGAUACAAGAUAUAAUAAUGUUGCCUACUAUGAUUUGAAGGAAAAAUCCUUUAAGGCCAUGGAAAAUGGUACUAAUGAUGAAGUUAAGGUUCUUACUACUGAUUCAUAUGGUAAUGUUUAUAUUGGUGGUGCUUUCACUCAAUUGGGAACCAAAAAGAGUGGUCCACUUGCUGUCUGGAAUGUUUAUCACUCUAAAUGGGUUGAUACUGGUCUUUCUUCAUCAGAUUUCACUCCUGGAUCUGUGGUUACUGCCAUCAGUACUGAAUGUACAAACUCAUAUGAUUUUGAUUCGACACAAGGUCUUUUUCCUUGUGAUAUUUAUAUUGCUGGUAAUUUCAAAGCUUCUGUCUCUGGUAGUAAUGCAACAAACAUCUUGUACUAUCACCACAAGAAUAAGAAAUGGGAAACACAAGCAACCUUGAAUGCAACCUAUAUAACAGUUAUUUCCAAGGUUGUCAAUAACAAUAUGGUAUUUUAUGGUGGUAAAUUCCAUGAUGCCAAUGGUAAAGAGUAUGGUCUUGCCAUGUAUGACACUUCAAGUAGUUCGUGGAUUAUGAUUGAUGGUGUCAGUGGUGUUACUGAUAUCUAUUAUAAUUCACAUAUUUACAGCUCAGAUAACAUGUUUAUUUCUGCUUCUAUUUUCGCUUAUUCUCAAUGUAAGGGUAUAUGUAACUUCAAUCUAAGGGAUGGAUCUUGGACAACACGUUCUGGUAUUAUUUCCACAGGUUCAGUUAACAAGAUUAGAUACAUUAAUGGUUUGUCUGCCUCAAAUGUUGGUUCAAUAUUUGUUGGUGGAAGUUUCAUGAGUGAAUCCUCUGUUGGGAGACGUGAUGGAACUGGCGAGUACAGUGCCAUUAGUACUAACUAUCCUAAAGAAACUGUUCUAGGUAUGGAUAUUUGUGGUUUGAAAGCUUAUGACGUUACUGGUUGCAAAGGUGGAUCAGUAGCUGUUGUUGGACAAAACUUCUUCAAGUUCUAUGAUGCUAAUGAUAACAUGUGGAAGUCUCUCCUUUCUGAAAAUGGGUUCGUAUUGAACAGUAUUAGUAUUACCAAUAUUCCAGAAAUGCCAAUACCUUCACCAAUACCCUCACCAUUUCCAAGCAGUGUACAAGCUAAAAUAAGCUCAAGUGAAUGCAAUAGUUUUAAGGUUCUUUUAUUCAUUACAUUCCUUUUCAUUUUUCAUUUAAUAAAUUAA